GGGUCGGGGGCGGCCAAGCCCCCCGCCGACGGGGGCGAGACUCACCCGGCCAAGUACGGGGAGCACGGCAGCCCCGCCAUCCUCCUCAUGGGCUCUAAUAAUGGAGGACCUGUUAUAAAGCCCGACUCGCAACAGCCGCUGGUGUGGCCUGCCUGGGUCUACUGCACUAGGUAUUCAGACAGACCGUCCUCGGGCCCCCGCACCAGGAAGCUGAAGAAGAAGAAGACGGAGAAGGAGGACAAGCGGCCGCGGACGGCGUUCACGGCCGAGCAGCUGCAGCGGCUGAAGGCGGAGUUCCAGGCGAACCGGUACAUCACGGAGCAGCGGCGGCAGAGCCUGGCCCAGGAGCUCAGCCUUAACGAGUCCCAGAUCAAGAUCUGGUUCCAGAACAAACGGGCCAAAAUCAAGAAGGCGACCGGCAUCAAGAACGGGCUGGCGCUGCACCUCAUGGCCCAGGGACUCUACAACCACUCCACCACCACGGUGCAGGACAAAGAGGAGAGCGAGUGAGGCGGGCGGCCCCAGCCCAGCCCUGCGCCGCGGCGCCGGCCCGCCGGCCGGGAGGCGGACAGGUGCGAUUUAAAAGCAGAUCUAUUGUCUAUCCAUAGUAUAAGGACUCCGAUUAAGAAAAAAAAAUAAAUAUGAACACUUAAGAAAAAUUAUCUCUAUAUAGCCAAACAGCAUAUGACCUUGUAUAUAUUUAAUUUCAGGUAAGAAAUAUGUGUAGCGAUCUCUAUUUGCUGGACAGUUUCUCUCUUCCCUUCUCUGUUUCUCCUUUCUUUUGUUCGUUUGUUCGUUUUGUUUGCUCUCCUUUUUUUCUUUCCCCCCUCCCCCCCGAUGUCCGUUGCUCCUGUUUUACAGUAAAUGUCAGACUUUUCUCAUCCGUCGUUUGACCUUAUUUUAUUUUUUUUGUGUGCGUGUGUGUGAAUUUCUGUCUCUCUCUCUCUCUUUUUUUUUUCCCGAGGAAAA